AUGUCGACCUUCGAUGGCAUUAUAGAAGUUGACUACUUCCGGAAAUGCCCCGAGCGGCCGGCGCCACUAGCUUGUUUCCUUAGCCAUGUGCAUAGCGAUCAUUUACAGGGCCUGGAGUCCUUUCGGGCACCAUUCAUCUACUGUUCGCCAGCCACACGAGAGCUGCUCCUCCGGUUUGAAAAGUAUCCCCAUCGGAUGAACUUUAAUAAAGGCAUCUUAGAGUCACGCCGAUUGCACUAUAAGCAUCUUGCAAAGCUUCUGCGCCCAAUUCCACUGAAUACCCCAACGGAUAUUGAACUCACACCCCGACGUAGUAUCAAGGUGACAUUGUUUGAUGCCAACCAUUGCACCGGGGCUGUGAUGUUUCUAGUUGAACGGGACGGGAAGGCAAUUAUCUACACUGGUGACAUCCGAGCCGAGACAUGGUGGGUGAGCAGCUUGGUCCGUCACCCGGUCUUGAUACCGUAUACUCUAGGACAAAAACGACUAGAUAAGUUGUAUCUAGACUCUACCUUUGCAAGCAAGACAAAUCCAUUCUGCGAGUUUCCCUCCAAAGCGGAGGGACUGUCUGAGCUGCUGCAGAAAGUCCAGGCUUAUCCUGACCAUACAGUCUUCUACUUCCGUGCGUGGACGUUCGGCUACGAGGAUGUCUGGAUAGCGCUCUCGGCUGCGCUGAACACAAAGAUCCAUGUGGAUCGUUACCAGAUGGGACUUUAUCGGUCUCUGGUCCAGACUCCAGGCAAUAGGGGAGUUAGUGAAGCUCCUGCUCUAUGUGGCUUUGACCUGGGAAACAGAGCUGUAACAGGCUGUCUAAGCAACAACGAGUCAAGUCGAAUCCACAGUUGUGAGCCUGGAGUCUCGUGCCCGGCAGCUCGCGGCACCAAUACAGUCUACAUUGUGCCUAUUGUGAAUCGCACAACCGGUGGUGCGGAAAUUCCCGAGGUCGGUGCGGGUGGUGGCAUUGGGGAUCUGUACCAAACACAUGAACUCGAGCUGCCAGAUGAAUAUGCAUUGGCCGAGUUGGAGAAGUUGUGUCUCAAACAUGUCCAGGAUAAACAAGCCCUUUCGCAGGUGCGAAGCGCCCUUCUGGAUGCGUUCCGGUCGAGAAAGAAAGCACUCUCGCUUGAUACAUAUGGCGUGAAGGAGAAGGGAGAAAUUUCGUUGAAGAAUCUGGUGACCGCUCUAAGCCAUGGUCCAUCUGAUACCUCCAAACGGUCAUCCCAGCCAGAUCUGCCUAACACGAUACGUUUUCCAUAUUCACGACACUCUUCUUACUCCGAGCUAUGUGAGCUCGUAGCUGCCUUCCGGCCCAAGGACAUCCAUCCAUGCACCGUGGAUCCAACGACCUGGAGCGAAGACGUCUCCAUCAGACGUUUGUUCGGCCAUCUCUGUUCAGGAACUGAUUUUUCGCACGACACCUACAUGCGGCAGGUUGUAGCCAAUGAUGUUGACGACGAGGGAGAUUUGCGCGCAAGAAAAAGGGCCCGAUACGACAUGGACCUCUCCACACAGUCCACACAAGAAACCAGUAGUGGCAUUGAAGAUUUCAGUCUUGGUGCCGCCGAUGCAAGCCAGCAUCACGAUCGGAAGCAGGAAUCUCUACCUCAUUUCAGUCAAUCUGAAGAGGCGGCCAGAGUUAAGCGCAACGAAAUCCGUCAAGCACACCGCUAUCUUCAAGAGCAUGCAGAACCUGCGCUUUUUCAAGUCAAUCCUCUCCCGUCUACAUGGCCAACAGAAAAAGAAGAUAGGUUCGAUCCGGCCAGUGACGAGGGCAGUAAAGAAGUGGAUACGCUCAUACCUGGCCAGCCAGAUUUAGAACCUUCGGCUACAGGUCUCCGACCCAGGUCCGACCCAAGCACAUCUACAAGAAUCAUUGAUCUAACUGGCGAUGGUACCACGUCUCCUCGUCUAAUCCAACAAACAGACAGUCAACACACUGACAUACUGUCUCUCUCCAUCUCCGAGUCAGCGUUUGACUCUCCGGACCGAAAUUCCGUUGAGAAUGUGCUACCGGACUCAGCUCGAAGAGAAGAAACCCUGAAUCGCUCACGCCGUGCACGUGUUGCUGCUUACCUAGCGGCGCGCGAAGAUACUUUCUCUGCGUGGACGGAUGUGUCGCUUGUUUCGGCGGGUGAUAAUCAUGGCGAGGAGGAGAUUGAGUUAUAG